UGACAACAGGGCGAGGGUGGCGUGGAGUUAGGCGGGGGCGGGGAGCGGUCCCCUCCGCCGCGUCUGUCCCUUUCUGCUGCACCCCGCUCUCCCCUUCUCCAUCAGUUCCUCCUCUGUGAGCCGCUGCACCUGCAGUCCUCGCCUGCCUGGUCUCUUCCGAGGGAUACAUGCGCUGCCCCUGUUUGUCUCCGGGGUGACGGAAAGGGGCGCGGGCGAGCGUGCUGGGGAGAACGGCUCCAACUCCGGGAGCCGGCGGGGCUGCCUGGAGGGGCUCUCUCCUGUCCGGGACGUGAAACAACUUAGAGCGGGAGUACCAGAGGGAGUAGCGAGGCGAAGGGUUGCUCUCCUUUGCACCCUCCACUCCGUCACUGGGAACCUCGUCAGGCGUUCUUAACGGGAAAUCUGCGCAAAGAGCGUUCGCAGUGAGGUGGGGCAGGGUUGCACCUGCCUUGGCAUCAGAGUGAAAGAAAAUGUCUUUGUUUAAAGCCCGUGAUUGGUGGUCUACUGUUCUGGGAGAAAAAGAAGAAUUUGAUCAAGGCUGUUUGUGUUUGGCUGAUGUUGACAAUAGUGGAAAUGGCCAAGAUAAAAUAAUUGUGGGUAGCUUUAUGGGAUACCUAAGAAUCUUUAACCCCCAUCCUGUAAAAACAGGAGAUGGAUCUCAAGCUGAAGAUUUGCUUCUAGAAGUGCAUCUACGAGAUCCAAUACUUCAAGUGGAAGUAGGAAAGUUUCUUUCAGGUACUGAAAUGCUUUAUUUGGCUGUGUUGCAUUCUAGAAAACUUUGUGUCUACUCUGUCUCAGGAACUUUGGGUAAUGUGGAACAUGGGAACCAAUAUCAGAUCAAAUUGAUGUAUGAACAUAAUCUUCAGAGAACAGCCUGCAAUAUGACUUACGGAUCAUUUGGUGGUGUAAAAGGUCGAGAUUUAAUUUGUAUCCAGUCUAUGGAUGGGAUGCUGAUGGUGUUUGAGCAGGAAAGCUAUGCUUUUGGGAGAUUUCUCCCUGGUUCUCUUCUGCCUGGCCCUCUUGCUUACAGUUCCCGUACGGAUUCCUUCAUUACUGUCUCUUCCUGCCGACAAGUGGAAAGUUACAAGUAUCAAGUACUUGCUUUUGCCACAGAUGCAGAUAAAAGGCAGGAGAGUGAACAGCAAAAACUCGGUUCUGGAAAAAGACUAGUUGCGGAUUGGACUCUAAAUAUUGGAGAGCAAGCCGUGGAUGUAUGUAUUGUCUCUUUCAAUCAGUCAGCAGCAUCUGUUUUUGUUCUUGGUGAGAGAAACUUUUUUUGCCUUAAGGAUAAUGGGCAAAUGCGAUUCAUGAAGAAGCUUGAUUGUAGCCCAAGUUGUUUUCUCCCAUAUUGCUCAGUUUCUGAAGGAACAACAAAUACUUUGAUUGGAAACCAUAAUAACAUGUUGCAUAUCUAUCAGGAUGUGACAUUGAAGUGGGCCACUCAACUUCCCCACCUUCCUGUAGCAGUGAAAGUGGGCUGUUUGCAUGAUUUAAAGGGCGUGAUAGUCACUCUGAGUGAUGAUGGUCACUUGCAGUGUUCAUACCUGGGGACAGACCCUUCUCUGUUCCAAGCUCCAAAAGUUGAAUCCAGAGAACUAAACUAUGAUGAACUUGACAUAGAAUUGAAAGAACUUCAGAAAAUCAUCAAAGAUGUGAACAAAUCACAAGGUGUUUGGCCCAUUACUGAGAGAGAAGACGACUUGAAAGUUUCUGCCGCAGUUUCUCCUAACUUUGAUUCAGUGUCUCAAGCCACCGAUGUUGAAGUGGGAACUGUCCAUGUCCCUUCCAUCACAGUGAAGGUCACACUACAGAAUCGGGUGGUUUUGCAAAAAGCCAAAUUAUUAGUCUACGUGCAACCACCAUUAGUACUGACUUGUGAUCAGUUUACGUUUGAAUUUAUGGCACCUGAAAUGACUAGAACAGUAGGCUUUUCUGUUUAUCUGAAAAGAAGUUAUACACCAUCUGAACUGGAAGGAAAUGCUGUUGUUUCUUAUUCCAGACCAACAGAUCGAAAUCCUGAUGGCAUUCCUCGAGUUGUCCAAUGUAAAUUUAGACUUCCUCUGAAAUUAAUAUGCCUACCAGAUCAGCCUUCAAAAACUGCAAGCUGCAAACUAACGAUUGAUACCAAUAAACCUCCAGUCAGUCUGCUCAGUCUCUUCCCAGGCUUUGCCAGUCAGUCAGAUGAUGAUCAGGUGAAUGUAAUGGGUUUUCGUUUCUUAGGAGGUUCCCAAGUUACUCUUCUUGCUUCCAAAACCUCUCAACGGUAUCGCAUUCAGAGUGAACAAUUUGAAGAUCUUUGGCUCAUAACAAAUGAGCUUAUUCUCUGCCUUCAAGAAUACUUUGAAAAACAGGGAAUCAAAGAUUUUGCAUGUUCUUUUUCUGGCUCUAUGCCCCUUCAGGAAUAUUUUGAGUUGAUUGAUCAUCAUUUUGAGGUAUGUAGAAUCAUAACUCACAUCAUCCAUAAUCUUUAA